GGCCCUGCGCCAGCAGCCACUCCACGGUGCCCCGUACAUACUGGGCAGCCCAGAGGAGAAGCCGCGAGGCACCCCUCCGAAAGCCCCCUUAAUAAUGCACCUUUCCCAGGCCACUGCUGCCUCUGCGUGGAAUCUGCACCCCAGAGUCGCGCUUGAACUCCCGCUCACAGGCAACUUCCGCUAACCGAGCAGUCUCAAACUACAACUCCCAGAAUGCUUCCUGCCCCGGCACGCUCGCCUAACACCGUUUCUCCACCUCCCUUCCACCCCACGGUAUCCUACUUUCCCUUUCUUUAGGACAGUGGUUGGUUAAUGGGACUUGUCCUCAGGAAGGACUGAUUGACAGCGCCUCUUAAAAAGAGCCACUUACUCGGAAGUCAGUGUGAGCGUUUCCGGGUCACGCAACGCUGACGCUUGGGAGUCAUGUGAUACCAAGAUGGUGGUGCCGCGGUAGCUUCCCAGCGACUGUACAGUCCUAGGAGCCGCGACAGUUUCUCCCCUUAGGUCGUGGGGAGGACCAUUUAACUGACUGUUCGGUCGCCCGUGACUAGGAUUAAGGACCUGAUCAGAGCUGGGGCUGUUGAUGUCACUGGAAAUAUGAUCAGCGCCCCUGAUGUGGUGGCCUUCACCAAGGAAGACGAGUACGAGGAGGAGCCUUAUAAUGAGCCCGCCUUGCCGGAGGAGUACUCAGUACCUCUCUUCCCCUAUGCCAGCCAGGGGGCUAACCCCUGGUCUAAACUGUCCGGGGCCAAGUUCUCCAGGGACUUCAUUCUUAUUUCCGAGUUCUCUGAGCAGGUGGGACCUCAGCCCUUGCUGACCAUCCCCAAUGAUACCAAAGUUUUCGGCACUUUUGAUCUCAAUUACUUCUCCUUGCGGAUCAUGUCAGUGGAUUACCAGGCUUCAUUCGUGGGUCAUCCUCCUGGUUCUGCCUACCCCAAGUUGAACUUUGUGGAGGACUCCAAGGUGGUACUGGGAGACUCUAAGGAAGGGGCCUUUGCGUAUGUGCACCACCUUACUUUGUAUGACCUGGAGGCCCGUGGCUUUGUGAGGCCCUUUUGUAUGGCUUAUAUCUCUGCAGACCAGCAUAAAAUCAUGCAGCAAUUCCAGGAGCUUUCAGCUGAAUUUUCCAAAGCAUCUGAGUGCUUGAAGAUGGGUAACAGGAAGGCAUUUGCUGGGGAACUUGAAAAGAAACUGAAAGACUUGGAUUACACGAGGACAGUGCUGCACACAGAAACUGAGAUCCAGAAGAAAGCCAACGACAAAGGUUUUUAUACAUCUCAGGCAAUUGAGAAAGCCAAUGAACUGGCCAAUGUGGAAAAGUCCAUCAUUGAGCAUCAAGAUUUGCUGAGGCAGAUCCGCUCAUACCCUCGUCAGAAGAUGAAGAUGCCUGAUUUGCAUCCUGGUGAUGUGGAGCAUACCCAAGAUCAGGCUGAGCAGGUAUCUACUACCUCUAACCCUGAGGAGUCAGCUAAUGCAGACCUUUAUACCUGCAGACCGGCUUACACCCCUAAACUCAUCAAAGCAAAAUCCACCAAGUGUUUUGACAAGAAGUUGAAGACCUUAGAGGAACUCUGUGACACGGAGUAUUUCACUCAAACCCUGGCCCAGCUUAGCCACAUUGAACACAUGUUCAGAGGAGACCUGUGCUACCUCCUGACCAGUCAGAUUGACAGAGCACUUCGAAAACAACAGCGCAUCACGAAUUUCCUCUUUGAAGACUUCAUGGAGGUUGAUGACAGGCUGGAGAAACAAGAGAAUGUGCCCUCUCAGCCCAGUCAGGACAGGCUGCUGUCCAGGCCUGUGGAAGAAUGCCCUAUUCCUAAAGUGUUGAUUAGUGUUGGUUCUUACAAGUCCAGUGUGGAGUCUGUGUUGAUCAAGAUGGAGCAGGAACUUGGUGAUGGAGAGUACAACAAGGAAGUGGAGGCAACAGAGUCAAGCAGUUUUGACCCCCAAGAAAACCUGGACUACCUGGAUAUGGAUAUGAAAGGGAGUGUCAGCAGUGGGGAGAGCAUCGAGGUUCUGGGCACCGAGAAGUCAUCUUCUGUGCUGUCUAAAUCUGACAGCCAGGCCAGCCUCACGGUGCCAUUGAGCCCCCAUGUAGUCCGUAGCAAGGCAGUCAGCCACAGGACAAUCAGUGAGGACAGUAUUGAAGUCCUAAGCACCUGCCCAUCUGAGGCCCUCAUUCCUGAUGACUUUAAGGCCAGCUACCCAAGUGCCAUUAAUGAGGAGGAAACCUAUGCAGAUAAUGAGGGGGCCAUCCAUUUCGAGGCAAGUGUCAGCCCACCAGAACUGGGUGAGACUCAGGAGGGCAGCUUGGAAAAUACCCCAUCCCAAGUAGACUCCAGCUGCUAUAUUGGAAAGGAGAGUGAAGAUCAGCUGGUUCCUCUGCCCACCCCAGCUUAUACUCUCUCUGAUGAGGAUGGUGUGGUGAGCAUCCCCCCACAGCGCUAUGGGCAGAAGGACCAAGGGCUCCAUGUGGACGCCACGAUGGAAAACACUGACCCUUCUCUCCGAGACAACGGUUGUGAAAUGUUCCCAGCUUAUGAGCUGGAUCCAAGCUGCCUUCUGGCUAGCCGAGAUGUCAGUAAGACAAGCCUGGAUAACUACUCGGAUACCACUAGCUACAUAAGCAGUGUUGCCUCUACCAGCUCGGACAGAACCCCCUCUGCUCACUCUGCUAGCCUGUCCUCUGACAGACACAAAAAGAGAGCUGGCCAGAAUGCCUUAAAAUUCAUCCGCCAGUACCCUUUUGCCCACCCAGCCAUCUACUCCCUGCUUAGUGGGAGGACACUUGUGGUCCUGGGCGAAGAUGAAACUGUAGUCAGGAAGCUUGUAACUGCACUGUCCAUCUUUGUUCCCAGCUAUGGCUACUAUGCCAAGCCAGUGAAGCACUGGAUUUCCUCCCCUUUGCAUAUUAUGGAUUUUCAGAAGUGGAAGCUUAUUGGCCUACAGAGGGUGGCCUCCCCUGCCAGUAUGGGUACCCUCCAUACCCUGAGCCGUUACAGCCGCUAUACAAGCAUCCUGGACCUGGACAGCAAGACCCUACGCUGUCCCCUGUACAGGGGUACACUGGUGCCCCGCCUGGCUGACCAUCGCACUCAAAUCAAGCGAGGCAGCACGUACUACCUGCACGUCCAGAGCAUGCUCACCCAGCUCUGCUCCAAGGCAUUCCUCUACACUUUCUGCCACCCCCUGCAUCUGCCUGCCCACAGUGAGGAGACACAGGAAGCAGUGGCCAGCAGACAAACCAGCUUCCUAAAGCUCAACCUGGGGCUAGUGAAUGAGGACAUCAAAGUGGUGCAGUACCUGGCUGAACUGUUGAAACUGCACUACAUGCAGGAGUCGCCUGGGACCACCCACCCCCUGCUCAGGUUUGACUAUGUCCCCAGCUUUUUGUACAAAAUCUAAGGGUUCCAGCCACUGUGACCAAGACCUGUGACUCAGUACGGGGAGGGAGAAGGGUUGGUGUGACUAAAUACUUGCCUGAGCUGGAGUGUUGAGCUUUCUGGUGUCAGCGGAAGGAAACAGGUGGCAGUUGUGGUUCCCAUCUAGUCCUGGGCAGUGUGUGAAGUGGGCCAAGCAGAGGUGGAGCCUGGCUCCCCAGAGGUGGCUGGAAGAACAGCAGCUGCUCUUGGUUCCAUGGGGGAAGUGGCCACCAAAUAAGGGGGUGUCCUUAAUUUUCCAAGGAUCAGCAGUCUGGGCAGGAAGAGAAAGCUCCAGACCCUGUGGGGCUGGAGCAGAUGAGGCUAAGUAGCCAGAGCCCAGAUGACACCCGAGUGGCAGAAUCAGCCUGGGAACUGGUGUGUAGGACACAGGACAGCCAUCGUCUCCAUCUACCUCUACCAAGGCCCUGUACUUGGCUUCCUGGACCCCAGCAACCGAGGGGAGGCUCCUGAACAAGGACACGGAGGAACCAGUGCUCUGGUCAGGUGGAGAAAGACACACCCGGGCUGUGGGGGAUGCAGACCACAAGUGGCCCCUUGCCCUAUCAUCCUGUCAAGGAAGUGCUCAUUGAGUCCCCAGGGGUCAUUCCUUACAGGGGUCCUGGAUGUGAAGCAGAUGUCACACGGCUACAGCCAGAACUACAUUGGGAGCUGUAGAUAAAAGGGGCCAUAGGCUAUUCCUCACUGUCUAUGACAGGAGCUGCCUAUGGGCUCUUCUCAGCCAGGACAUUAACCCGGACGCCCCUGGAAAGGUCUGCAGCACUCUAUUACCUCUCUUGGUGGCUGUGGGCUUGGUGACAACUGAGGUCUGGUUGGCUAGCUCGUAUUCUGACCGGAACUUAGGAGCAAGGAUAUCCUGUACCAGCUCCUGGGUGGCUGUCAUUAGACCUACAUCUGGGAGGCACCUCCAUCCUUACAAUCAUCCACAUGUGAGUGGUCCGUCCCCACCUGACCCACUGGUGGCAAUCGUCAUGACCUCCCCAGGACCUCCAUUGCAGCUGCUCCUCUUGUGCUCCAUGUGCUGCAUGGAGUGAGUGCUCCUCACAAUCCUGAAAAUGUGAGACCUGUUGAAAAUGUGUUCUCCCUAAAUAGGAGCAGCUCUGGUCAUUACUGCUUUUUAAUUAGCUAAAGACAAAAACAAAACCCUGUAGUAAAUGGGACCCAGAUCGGCCCCGUGCAUGCAUCUGUUGCGUGCUGUGUCCCCUGCACAGGUCUGUCAGCUGGUCACACCACUGAAGUCUCUCACAAGAAGGAACCCUGCAGAAGCCAAAUAACCAGAGAUGGCUUGCAGCAUGUCACUCCUGUGUCAAGUUCCUUGCCCAGGUCUUUGACACAAAGUUGCAACCUGUUGGUUCUGGUCCAUGGUUUCAGGUCAUGAUUCCCCAUUUCACUCUAGACAGUAGUAUGUGGUUUUGCUUCUGAGACUCUGACAGAGAACCAGGAUUUUAUCACUGUUACAGGUAUUUACAGACACCUUACCAGCUGUGGUUUCCCCUCAUGGGCUCCCCCAUCUACUAUUGCUUCUUAGUGUUCUAGAUGCCACUUUGACUGGUUGGCUAGUUUCCUCAGGAGCCAGGCUGGGAGGUGGUCAGUUGCUGUUGCUACUGCCUCAGCAUGGGGACUCGAAGGUGAACACUGUGUUCCCUGCACUAAGAAAGGCGAAUGAGCUGCAGCCAUGCUUGGCCUUGUGGAUACUAAAAGCACAGACUUGAGUUGUCUCAAGUGGAGCUCCUUGGAUCUCAUUGGCAUUCAUCCACAGGGUGGCUCAGAAGACAAAGCCAAGACUGGUGUGGAGUGGGCAGAACAGUCUUGUGGAGCAGCUGUGGAAAUGGCAAACAGGUGUCUGGCUUCAAUGGCUCCUCACUAAGUACACACUGACAAGGGGUCCAAGUGCAGGAUUUACUUUUUUGUUUUGUUUUGGAGACAGGAUCUCAUGUAACUCAGGUUGGGUUCAAAUUCAUUAUGUACCAGGGAUAACCCUGAACUCUUGAUCCUUCUGCCUCCACAUCCCGAUGGCUGAGACUAUAGGCAUGCUACCAGACCUGGUGUCUGCAUUGAAACUUCGUUUUAAAACUUUGUUGUGGUGAUUUGAAAGGAUUGCUUACUGCAGAAAGCAUGCUUCCUCUCAGAGGGUAUUAGUCAUUGGGACUGUGUUUGGACAGAGGAGAACUGGCAUCUUCUAUAAGUAGUGUAUCUAUACACCUUGAUGCUUUGGAGACUCAAGCAGGACUCAACUCCUUAAAUUUUCAUUAGGUCGUUGGGUGUGAUGGCACACACUAAUCCCAGCAUUCAAGAGGCAGAGGCAGGUGGAUCUCUGUAAGCUAGAGUAAGCCUGAUCUACAUGAUGACAUCCUUUCUCAAAGAACAAAAGGUUUCACCACCCUUUCUCAAGUACUAGGCUAGUAAGGCUUUUGUUUGUUUUGUUCUUUUGAGACAGUCUCAUAUAGCCCAGGCUAAGGAUGACUUUGAACUUCUGAUCCUCCUGCCUCCACAUGCUGAGAUUGCAGGACUGUCUUGCCUAGAUUGUACAGUUUUGGGGAAUGAACCCAGGGCUUUAUAAAUACUAGGCAAGCACCCUACCAGCUGAGCUACAUCCCUAGCCUGGAUAAUUUAAAUUAUACUAUGAAAAACACUUCACAGAAAGAUAAUAGAGCCCCUUCUUUAUUCCUAUCAUUUUGAUUCCUAACACUAAAACUGCUAAGUCAGGUUUAUUUCAACUUGACUACCAAGCAAUUACUUCCCCUCCUGUUUUUAAAGCUGUCUAGUCUAAGAACCACCCAACUGAGCUGGUAUAUUACACUUCUAUCAUUGUACAAGUAAUGCUUGUACAUCACUGAACAUUCACAUGCUCCAUUGUUGAGGUCAGUCCAUGGUCUUCUAUAUGGGGGAUACAUGGAAUAUACUGGCUUGAGUUGCCACCUUCUGCCUCACCAUUUCCCUUCAGUAGAACCUUGAAUUAACAAUGUUUUAACUCAGCCAGGUGGUGGUAGCACAUGCCUUUAAUCCCAGCACUCGGGAGGCAGAGGCAGGCGAAUCUCUGGGUUCAAAACCAGACUGGUCUACAUAGAGCUUGUCUCAAAAACAAAUACUUUAACCUCUCCAUGACUUGCUACUGAAGUGGCUGAAGUUACUCUUAAACUUGGAACUGGACUUCAUUUGUGACCUGUCAUUCCUGAUUUGAUCUUUAACUCCUCCUUUACUUUAGGGUUUCAACCUUACCUGAAUUAGUUCCCAUCUCAUAACCCUAGGAAAGCCAGGAGAUCUCCCUUCUCCCUUGCCAAGUAUCAAAGCCAGCAGUGCUGUGUGGUACCAGAGGAGAGCUGCUAUCUUGUGUGCAUCUUGGCCACUGGCCUGUUUUGCUCAGUGCAUGCCACUCCCCAGCCUGAGUGCUACAUAUUGGACCAAUGUCCUGUGCUACAGCCACCGUGGUUUAUCUCCCAGAUGGUUGGGUUGGGUAGCAGUAGCUCACCCAGUUGGGGAUGAGGCAUCAUCAAGUAUGCAAGGCCUCUUGAGGUACCAAAUCCUCAUGGCAGUAGGCCAUACGGGAUACUUUCUACUUCUCCCUAGAAAGCUCCUGAGAAAGUGCCUUGGCUUGUACUUUGAAACAAAUUAGCCAGCUUUCUGGCUUUGCCCUAAUACUGUGAUCAAAUUGGAAUUUUUAAGGGACACACUCAUACUUAGGCUGCAGAAAGGAGAGAUUAGAUUUCUUUUGCUCUGAAAACAAAGCCUUGCUUGAGCUUAAACAGUUUCCCCCAGCCCUUGGCCCACUAUGGUUUGGUUAAGUUAACGCUUCGGGAAGGAACAGCAGGAAGAGAUGAGCUGUAGCAGUCGGGGAAAAGCGUCCUGCAGAGGCCCUACUUGGAGCUGUGUAGCUGUCUUCAGCUGGGCAGGAAGAAUUAAGUUCCUGUAAUCAAGAUUGCUAAGGCAGUGCAGUAGCCCCACAAUCGGAGAUGAGGGGACCAGUAUGCCACCACACCCCAUGGAAGUGGACCAGCUCCCAGGGAGCCUUGGCCAAACUAUCUCCUGGACAGCUGGACUGCGGGCUGGAGCUGCGGGCUGGACUGAGGCAUACAGCAGUUAGCGAGCGGCACGGUGUGCGAUGAACUCCUGUUAUUUUCUAAGAUGCUAUUUUAUUACUGCAUGUCCCGCCAUGUCUGUGAGUAUGUGUCCAAACCUGCAAGCUGCAGUCACAGUACUGGAACAGGGCACUGCACUGCUGACGUGACUGUGUCCCACAGGCAUUAUGCACAAGUUUAACCAGAGUAAAUGCCAAACAAAUAGUAUGAGGAGUGUACUUUUUAAGAUAUUAAUUUAUUUGAGUUCAAAUAUUUUUAAAAUAUAAAAACUGGUUGUAUUUUUUAAAGCUAUAAUUCUUGUAGACAUUCUGUGGGUAAAAAUUGGAUUGUGUGUAUUAAAAAAUCACCAAUAGUUUGCAAUUCAGCUAUGUAAAAAUAAAGACUCUUUGGGAAGGUA